UUAAGUUUUUAAUCAUAAUUCCAAAAAUAAAUCGACAAAUUAAUCAGCUUUUUUGUAAUUGUUAAUUAAUCAUUCGAAAAAAAGGAUGAAAGCAAUCAUAGCUUUAUCCAUCAUCAUAAUCAUUGUUUCAUUCGUACCGAAUGAUGUUGAUGCUGGUAAAUUUAAAUGUCCACAACCAUUUGGUUAUUAUGAACAUGAAAAUUGUUGGCAAUUUUAUCAAUGUUCAUGGUAUACACCGCAUGUAAUCACUUGUCCACCGUUUACACAAUGGGAUCAACGAAUUCUUACUUGUCGAUGGCUCACCGAUUGUGAACGACCAUCGUUUUUUCCGACAACUACUCGAAGACCAACAACCACAACCCGUCGUCCAACAACCACAACCAGUCGACCAACAACCACAACCCGUCGACCAACAACCACAACCAGUCGACCAACAACCACAACCCGUCGACCAACAACAACAACUCGGGCUCCGACAACGACCUUAAAGCCAACAACAACAACACGGGCUCCGACAACGACCCUAAGACCAACAACCACAACAAGUCGACCAACAACUACAACCCGUCGACCAACAACAACAACUCGGGCUCCGACAACGACCCUAAGGCCAACAACGACAACAACACGAGCUUCAACUACAACCCGUAAAUCAGAUAAUUCUCGUUUUGAAUGUCCGAAAGCAAAUGGCCGAUUUAAACAUAAAGAAUGUUAUAAAUACUAUCAAUGCACACAAUGGAAUGCCAUUGAAAUGACAUGUCCAAAAAGUACACAAUUCGAUGAAAAUCAACAAGAUUGUGUUCCAAUAUACGAUUGUCCAAGACCAGCAUUAGGAUACAGUUGUCCAGAACCAGCUGGGUAUUUUCCACAUGAAAAUUGUUGGAUGUUCUAUCAAUGUGGUAAUGGAAUCGGAUAUGAAAUGGUUUGUCCAAAAGGAACUCAAUGGAAUCAGGCAAUUUUGACUUGCGAUCAUUUGAGUGAUUGUGAACGACCUGAUAUCGGUGGAACUACAACAACAUCGAAUCAUAAUCAAACAACAACUACAAUGCCCACUACAUCAACUCCUACCACAAUUAGAUCCACGACCAUUAAGUCAACCACAUCGAAUGAUGAUGAUGAUGAUGAUGAUGAUGAUGAAACUACAACAAUGAAAUCAACUACCGUACAAGAAUCGACAACUUCAAACAAUGAAGACGACAAAGAAACCACAACCAUUGAGUCAACAACAUCGAAUAACGAUGAUGAUGAUGAUGAUAAUGAAACUACAACAAUAGAAUCAACUACCGAACAAGAAUCGACAACAUCAAACGAUGAUGAUGAUGUCAACGAAACCACAACUAUGGAAUCGACAACAGAACAAGAAACGACAUCUAAUGAUAACGACAACGAUGAUGAAACUACGACUGUGGAAUCGACAACAGAACAAGAAACCACGACAUCUAAUGAUAACAACAACGAUGAUGAAACCACGACUGUGGAAUCGACAACAGAACAAGAAACCACGACAUUUAAUGAUAACGACAACGAUGAUGAAACUACAACCAUUGAAUCCAGCACAGAAUCGGAAACAACCACUAAAGGUGGUUUUCAAUGCCCUGAACCAUCUGGAUAUUAUGAACAUGAAAAUUGUUGGAUGUUCUACCAAUGUGGAAAUGGCAUUGCUUAUGAAAUGACGUGCCCAAAAGGCACUCAAUGGAAUCAGACAAUUUUAACCUGCGACCAUUUGACUGAUUGUGUACGACCCGAUAUGGAUGAAACAACAACCGAUUCGAAUGACGAAGAAACUACAACCAUUGAAUCGACAACAGAACAAGAAACGACAACAUCUAAUGAUAACGACAACGAUGAUGAAACUACGACUGUGGAAUCGACAACAGAACAAGAAUCGACAACAUCUAAUGAUAACGACAACGAUGAUGAAACUACAACCAUGGAAUCCAGCACGGAAUCGGAAACAACCACUGAAGGCGGUUUUCAAUGCCCUGAACCAUCUGGAUAUUAUGAACAUGAAAAUUGUUGGAUGUUCUACCAAUGUGGUAACGGAAUUGCCUAUGAAAUGACGUGUCCAAAAGGCACUCAAUGGAAUCAGACAAUUUUAACCUGUGACCAUUUGACUGAUUGUGUACGACCCGAUAUGGAUGAGACAACAACCAACGAUGUACAAGACAAUGAAACGACAACAUCAAACAAUGAAAAUGAAGAAGAAACGACAACAUCAAACAAUGAAAAUGAAGAAGAAACGACUACGGUAGAAAUAACAACCGAAAUCGAUUUGACAACUAUCUCCGAUGAUAAUAAUAAUGAUGAUGAUGAUCAAGAUACGGAAACAACUACUGAGAAUGAAACAACAACAACUUCUCAUAAUCAAUUUGAAUGUCCUGAAUCCAAUGGAUAUUAUCCACAUGAAAAUUGUUGGAUGUUUUACCAAUGUGGUAACGGAAUUGCCUAUGAAAAGACAUGUGCUAAUGGCACUCAAUGGAAUCAGGCAAUUUUGAAUUGCGAUCAUUUAACUGAUUGUGUUCGACCAUAAUCCAAGAAAACAAAAUGAAAUCAUAUAAAAAGUUAUUGUUAUCUUAUCAUUGAAA